AGUGAGCAACCUGAGGUUAAAUUGAUGGAUGACCAACAAGAUAAGGAAUGUGCCUCGGAAGAGCAAGAAACAAUCCUGAUUAAUGGGGUGAAAGAGGAUGAAUCCAGCAACCUGGAUGGUGACAACAAGCCCUUCCGUGCGGCAGCGGACGCCGCGGUUCCCUUUGCAGCCGUGACGACAGCGGGAGCCGCUCAGAAGGAAAGCCGAGCCCAGCCGGCCCCGGCUUCGAAGAAGGCUUGUUGGCUGAGCCCCCCUUCCCCCCUGAGACUGGCCGAUGUCCCCGAUCACAUUUCCGAUGACUCCUCCUCCGUCCAUGCCAUUUCCCUUACGUCGUGUGUCACGAAGGGCAUGAGUGCCUGGUCCCUGCCGGGCGACUGCGAGAAAGCGCCCUUCUCCAUGAUGGAGCCGGGGAGCAUGUCCGCCCUCACCGGCGACUGUUUGAUGCAGCCGAGUCGGACCUGCCUGGGCUGCUUUAUUGAGUCGAAGGACAGCAUGGAUCCAGAACCCGGGAUCAGCCUAAAAGUGGGCGAUAUAAAUAGGGAUUACGACACCUGUUCGGUCUCCGACAUCGGGAUUCACUGCAUGAGUACAGGAGAGACCAUGCGGUACGGAGACCAGCUCCUUUCAGACCAGCUUUUGAGCUUCCCGAUGCAUAAAUCAAGGGCGGCGGACAAAAGGGAGACGGAGAAAUCUGACAGCGAUUCGGAGGAUCCCACUCAGAAAAAUUAUUACGAGGGGUUACUUUUGGACAAGUGCAAUGGGGAGGAGCCUUUACUAACGAAUCCCAACCAGGAAUGGGGUUAUUUUGAAUCUUUCAUUAGUGAAAGCAAAAUUGAGCUGCUUGACCUUUGCUCCAAAAACGAGCUGUCUGUAAAUCUGUUUUCUGAGGAGGAUGUGGAUAAUUACAUGUUUGAUGACGAUGAUUCAACCUUGGGAAGUGACGUCUGCUCUUUAAAGAUUCGUUAUGAAUCUUUCCAGGACAAUGUGAGGGAGAAGACUGGAGCCCUGCAAGAGGACACCCAGUUUAACUUCUUCCCCAGUGUGUUUAGUGGAUGUCCAAAAAGGGACAGUAGGACAGCUUUGAAGAGGGGACCUCGAGGGGCAACGGAUCCUUCCCAAUUCAAAUCUGAGGAGACCAUCAUCUGGGGGGAAGAGGAGGUUGAUGGACAGCAGGAGGAGGAAGAAGAGGAGGAGGAGGAGGAGGAAGAGGAGGGGGGUGAAAGUGAGAAAGUUGCCUUAAACAAAUCUUGCACCGGUACGGAAGUAGUACAGUACAUCAGUCCCAAAAGAAAUCACUUCUUGGAACUGGUGAAUUCCACAGAGGACUCUGGGGAAUUCAGUGAUGACAGCACCUGCACCGAAUCGUCCUUCGAUGUGCUUCAAGACCUGAAGGACUGCAACAAAUAUCUUCCCCGGGACCACUCCAGUUCCUUCAUCCAACAGAACUACGGUCUGCGAGCAAAAAGGAAAGUGCGAUAUAGCGAAGAUUACCUUUACGACGUGGAUUCCAUCGAGAGUGAGAAAAUCAUGGAUAAGAAGGAGUGGAUUCCUGAUGGUCCCAAGGAAGAAGACGACGAUGACUGGUGUCCAAAGAAGAGGCGAAAAGUUUCCCGCAAGGAGCCCCCUGUCAUCAUCAAGUACAUCAUCAUCAACCGGUUCAAAGGAGAGAAGCACAUGUUGGUCAAGCUUAGCAAAGUAGAUGCCAGUGAGACAACGGUGACCUUAAGCGAGGAGUUGUUGAGCAAAUACGCCAAGUUGGCCCCUCUGAAGUCGUUUUGGCAAGAGAGGUGGCAGAGCCGGCUCAACUUCCUCAAAUCCGCGCUCUACCACAAGCAGAGUUUCUAUCUCAACGGCUCCGAGGUGGCCUUCCUGCCCCACCCACGGAAGCGCAAGGGCAAGAUAGCCCACCGGCACCGGAUUCAGAGGAUUAAGGCCAUCGAGCAGCCCGUGGGCAAGGCGGGCUCCUGCACGCCCGACGCCAAGCAGCUCUGUUGCAGGAUCGGAGAUGACGGCGGGGGCCUGAAAGGGAUCCAGGCCAUGGCCAUCGCAGCCCCCAGCUGUGUGAACGGCAUCCAUCUGAACGACAUCGCCGGCCUGGCCUUACCUCCGGGCAAGGCCCAGGAGAGGGAAUUCAAAGGUCCCGAGAGAAAAGUCUUGCGCAGGAUCAAAUUCAAAAGCGAAGCCAGGCUGAAAUGCAAGCGACUCAAAGCCGCCACCGGUCUGGCGGAGGUUUCUGCAGCCUUGGAGAAUCCAGAGCUGGCGACGGGGUUAAAGGAUGAAAGCGCUCCUUGUGCUGUAGACGGCUCCCCUCUCGCUGAGUGCCAGGAGGAUAAGCUGGCUAAAAAUGCUCUUUCUUUCCUACCCACCACCUGCGCGUCAGACAAGCCACCUCCAUCUGCCAGCCUCGCGGCCAGCGUGCCCCUCAUCCCUGGCGGAUACCUGCAGACUUUGCUGGAUGCCUCCGACUUGUCCAACAGCACUGGGAUCACUUACUUCAGCCCCCCCGCCUCGGAGCAGCAGCAGCAGCAGCAGCAGGAGACCCUCCCGGGCCUCGUUCAAGCAGAGAAGUCCUUCUGCGCCUUGCAGCCCGCCCAAAGCUGCAUUUUGUCCCCACCGUCGGAGUCGGAGUUGCAGCAGUCGCCAAGCCCCUUGGAAAUCGAGCCGAGCAACUUCCAAAGCGUUUGGCCGGCUGGCAAAGCUGGCAGCCCAAACGGUCAGGGCUUUGCUGGGCAGCUCCAGGACGCCUCCGUGCUUUCAGCCGUAGAGUUUGGCAGCUGUGCGGGGGUGGACGGCCUCCCAGCCUCUGGAUACAGUCAGGUCCAUCUGAGCGGCAGCAAAUUAUUAUACCAAAAAAAAUACACCCCAGAGAGCCAGCAGUUGCAGUCAGAUGACUCCUACCAGUCCUGUCCUUUCAGUAACAGAGAGGGGAAUUUUCACUUCCAGCGGGGCACACUCAGCACCGAUGACGGGAGGCUGGUGAGUUUUGAUUCGGUGGGCUCCCUGUCCGCCAGCUCUAGCAAUUACAGCUCCUUGAGUUUGAAGUCUUGUGAAAAGGAUGGAGAUGAUGACAUUGCUGAUGAUUUCUUGGCCCACUGCAGCCCCAAACUGGUGAUUCAGCAAAGCAUUGAUGAAAUAACGCCGUUGAAGGAGUCAACCGAUCUUCUAGAUAUUUCUAACUUCACCCCAGAUAAGUUCCGCCAGUCGUCCCUUUCGGAAAUGUCUCCCCCAGAUACCCCUAACCUUUCCCCACAGAUAACCGGGCCAGAAACUAAAACCCUGGGAAAUAUGAAGUGUUUCCCGGACAGCUCACAAGUCGUGUUAAGCAACCCUGAGAAGGUCAAGUGGGGCUGUGGCGUUCUCCAAGCUCCAGAUCAGGCCGAUAAUGGAUUCACUUUAAAUAAUCAUCAGUUUCAGUUCCAUAUGUUCACCGAUGAGGAUUCUGUCAGCCUCCUUGAAAAAACCCCAUCCUUGUCAACUUUUAAUGAGCCAUCUGCCCAAGUUAGCACCAAUAGUAAAGCGUCAAAAUCCAAGAGGAGAAGUUCAUCUAAUAAAAAUUUGGGUGCCAACCAAAGCCCGCCCCAGAAAAGCGUUCGGAAAAAAUCCCCCAAAGCCAACAAAGGGUCUGAAAAGCCACCCAGCAGAAAUUCCAGGCAGUCUCCCAAAACUUCAAGGAAAGGGAAAAAUGGGGCAGGGGUUAAUGGAGAAAAGACCCCUGUCAUGGGGGAUCGAGCAGCUGGUCUCUUGAACAGUUCCAGCUCCUCGGCAAAAGCGUUGGUCGAAUCCAUACAGCAGGGCAGCCCAAAUGCCGUCCGAAUAGGGAAGCCCAACGGGUUGCCUGGCGAAUGGCCGCUGGGGAAGGACAAUAGCGGUGGCUGGUCCGAAACCAGCCUAGGAAGUGCCAACAGCCUUCUGGAUGAUGAUCAAAGAGAAUUUGAGGAGCCGUCCAACAUUUUAUCAAACAUUGCAUCUGGCAUGGCAGAUGUUCAGAGGUUUAUGAUGGCCUCCAUCGAGCCCUUGUGGGGGCCUGUCGGCCACAGCGACGUCUCUGAUCUCUUCCGAUCCCCUGAAUCAAACAGCCUGAAACUGAAAACCCUUAAGAUCCUGGCCGGCACGUCUCCAGAGUCCAAGAAGAAGGUCAACGGCAGUUCUUCGGGAACAGGGAGGAAUCACAAAUCGGGGAACAAGGGCUUGAGUAAAACCAGCAGCCGAGCUGCUCCGUGCGAUCCCGGACGCUCCAAUUCAUCCGCCGGGUACCCUGCAGACAUUCAUUCUCCUUUUUUUGAUAAAAGCUAUAGUAAUCUGAGCACUUUAGCCAAAAAUGAACCUACCCAUAAAAAGCUCUACCGACACAAAUCCACGUCGAAGUCACUGCGAGAUGAGAACUGUAAAGUCAAGCGAGCAGAAAGGGAGCAGGGCCACAAAGACGCUUCUACAGUAGUUUCCUUUGAAAAACUGAGGUAA